GCCGCUCUGGCUACUCCUGCUACUCUGGCUGCUGCCCGGCCCCGCGGCGCCCCAGGAGCUGAACCCGCGCGGCCGAAACGUGUGCCGCGCGCCGGGCUCCCAAGUGCCUACGUGCUGCGCUGGCUGGAGACAGCAGGGGGACGAGUGUGGGAUCGCGGUGUGCGAAGGCAACUCCACGUGCUCAGAGAACGAGGUGUGCGUGCGGCCCGGCGAGUGCCGCUGCCGCCACGGCUACUUCGGUGCCAACUGCGACACUAAGUGCCCGCGCCAGUUCUGGGGCCCCGACUGCAAGGAGCGGUGUAUCUGCCACCCGCACGGGCAGUGUGAGGACGUGACGGGCCAAUGUACGUGCCACGCGCAGCGCUGGGGCGAACGCUGCGAGCAUGCGUGCCAGUGCCAGCAUGGCACGUGCCACCCGCGGAGCGGCACCUGCCGCUGCGAGCCCGGCUGGUGGGGCGCACAGUGUGCUAGAGCAUGCUACUGCAGCGCCACGUCGCGCUGCGACCCGCAAACGGGCGCCUGCCUGUGCCACGCGGGCUGGUGGGGCCGCAGUUGCAACAAUCAGUGCGCCUGCAACUCGUCGCCCUGCGAGCAGCAGAGCGGCCGCUGCCAGUGCCGCGAGCGCACGUUUGGCGCGCGCUGCGAUCGUUACUGCCAGUGCUUCCGAGGCCGCUGCCACCCCGUGGACGGCACGUGCGCCUGCGAGCCGGGCUACCGCGGCAAGUACUGUCGCGAGCCUUGUCCUGCCGGCUUCUAUGGCCUGGGCUGUCGCCGCCGGUGCGGCCAGUGCAAGGGCCAGCAGCCAUGCACUGUAGCCGAGGGCCGCUGCCUGACGUGCGAGCCCGGAUGGAACGGAACCAAAUGCGACCAGCCAUGUGCCACCGGCUUCUACGGCGAGGGCUGUGGCCACCGCUGCCCGCCCUGCCGCGACGGGCACGCCUGCAACCACGUCACCGGGAAGUGCACUCGCUGCAACGCGGGCUGGAUCGGCGACCGGUGCGAGACCAAGUGCAGCAACGGCACUUACGGGGAUGACUGCGCCUACCUGUGCGCGGACUGCGCUGACGGCCGCUGUGACUUCCAGUCGGGGCGCUGCCUUUGUAACCCUGGUGUCCACGGACCCCACUGCAACAUGACGUGCCCGCCCGGGCACCACGGCGCGGACUGCGCCCAGACCUGCAGCUGCCACGAGGACUCCUGCGACCCGGUCACCGGCGCCUGCCACCUAGAGACCAACCAGCGCAAGGGCGUGAUGGGCGCGGGCGCGCUGCUGGCCCUGCUCCUCGGCCUGCUGCUCUCGCUGCUCGGCUGCUGCUGCGCCUGCCGCGGCAAGGACCCCAUCCGCCGGGAGCUCUCGCUGGGAAGGAAGAAGGCUCCGCAACGCCUGUGCGGGCGCUUCAGCCGCAUCAGCAUGAAGCUGCCCCGGAUCCCGCUGCGCAGGCAGAAGUUACCCAAAGUCGUAGUGGCUCAUCACGACCUGGACAACACACUCAACUGCAGCUUCCUGGAACCACCCUCAGGGCUGGAGCAGCCCUCACCAUCUUGGUCCUCCCGGGCCUCUUUCUCCUCCUUUGACACCACAGAUGAAGGCCCUGUGUACUGCAUCCCCCACGAGGAGGCGGCUGCAGAGAACCGGGACCCAGAGGCUCCCUCUGCUUGUGCGGAGGCCCCAGCGCCUUCCCCGGCGCCCUUAACCACGCCAGCGUCCGCAGAGGAGGCACCUCCGCUCUCAGCGUCCUCUGACAGCGAGAGGUCGGCGUCCAGCGUGGAGGGACCCGGCGGGGCGUUGUACGCACGCGUGGCUCGGCGGGAGGUCCGGCCGGUCCGGGCCCGGGGUGAGGCUGGGGGUUUGUCGUUGUCGCCAUCGCCUGAACGCAGGAAGCCGCCGCCACCCGACCCCGCUACCAAGCCCAAGGUGUCUUGGAUCCACGGCAAGCACGGCGCCGCUACCGCUACCCAUUCGCCCUCACCAUCGACCCCAGGCCCCGAGCCUGCACCCAGCCCGAGCAAGAGGAAACGGACACCCAGCGACACGUCGGCGCGGCCCCCUGGGCUGGCCGAGGAGCUCCCGGCCCUCGUCGCGCCCUCGCCGCCCCGGGCCCAGAAGCCGGCGCCGCCGCAGAAGGCCAAGCGCUCGGUGCCGCCCGCCUCGCCCGCUCGCGUGUCCCCAGCGCCCGAGGCCAUAGGGCCCGAGAAGGCAGCGACCAGCACGCCGGCGCCCGAGACCCCUCGAAAGAAGACUCCCAUCCAGAAGCCGCCGCGCAAGAAAAGCCGGGAGGCGACGGGCGAGCCCCCGAGGGUGGGCGCGCCCACCCUGUAGGGCCUCGGCCUUGCCGUGCCUGCAGCUUCCCCUGGCUUAGCCGCGUUGCCUGCCACCCCGCGUUCUGCGACCCCGGCAUCUCCCGCGCGCCCUGGGCACGGGAGACCUCCCCUUGCCGAGGCCCCUAGCGGCACGGCAGGAGGUUGUGUCUGAUUGGCUCAGGCUCCAGCAGCCUCUCCUUGGGCGGAGCAGCGCUCAGGCGGGAAAUCCCCCAUCCUAGUGAUCGAAGCCUGGCGCUUAGCUGGCAGUUCUCUCCCCAUUGGCGGAAUUUUGGAGCUCUCUGACCACCCACGUUUCAUUGGCCAAGACCAGAUGAGUUCUGCCUAGAGACCACUACUUACUGUACAGUAUUUGACUGGGGCUACCUUUUCAUUGGCUGAGGCCAGAAGCACUUCUACCUUAAGCUACCCCUCAUUGGCCAGGGCCUGGUGCCUCCUGGUUGGAAGGUCCCUUCCCUGGUAGUAGCCCAAGGCUACUUCCAUUGGCCGGACUCCAGGGCAUCUGUCUGGUUGACUGCAGCCUGGGGAGAAGGGCUGGUCUCUGCUCCUCGGAGGGCUCGGUGCUCCUCGACUGUCCCAUUCCUUCCCUUCCUGGCACCCCAAGCUCCCGCCUCCCAGCCCUCACCCUCAGCUGUCGAGCUGGUAUUGAUAGCCUCCCACCACCCCACUCGCUGUGGAAAUCCCAGGGGGGCGACUCCAGUGGCCUGAGAAGAUGUAUUUAUAUGCCCCCGGCAGGGCUGCUUACACCCCGUCCAGGGGCCCCAGGAUGGGCUCCUCUUGGCAGGGCCUUGGCCAAAGCUUAAUAAAGUGCCUUUCUUUUCCCUU